AUGGGCAAUCGCCGUCGAGAGCUUACAAGCGACAUGAAAGUCGAAGUCAUUCAACGCAUUCAGGCAUUUCUCCAUAGAGGAAAACCAGUCCGUGGCGCUUUCACAAAAACAGCUGCGGAGGUUGGCAUCACCCGCCAAACAGUUGCGUACGUCUGGCGCAAGUACUGCCUCACUGGAAGUGCAGCGUCCAAGUGGGCCCAAGACCACAGACUAACCAUGGGCACCCUCAGCCGUCAUCUGAAACGUGGAACGUUCGAACGCCGGUCAACUCGCAUCAAGCCGCUACUGACUGACAACAACAAGGCGCAACGUAAGUGGUUCAACACAGACAAGGACAGACGCAAGACUUACCUCGUGCCUGGCAAUGCUUUGUCCACGCUCUUGGAAGAGCAAGCGCUUGCUCCCGCUGCCCGCAACUCCCACGACCGUCAAGCUGGUACAAUGGUCAUCACGCCGGUCAACGUGAAUGCUGUCGUGUUUCGAGACUUCAUCAUUCACAAGGUCGUACAUGCAAUCCAAGUGCACACAAGCGCGUCGUACUUCAACACGACAAUACAAUGCCGCAUGGAUCCGUGA